AUGGCUACCGUAACCGCUUCACUUCAUCUUCAACCUCUAUCAUCAUCACUCUCCUCUCCUCCUCCUCCUUCUCCAAGCUCAAGACCACUCUAUCUCAAGUUCCAAACCUCACACCGCGAAAACCUAAGAUACCUCUCUUCCCUCGGAGUAAUCCCACAGAAUCCAAAACUCGCUCCUCCGGUGGAAAACCUCCCCGCCGUCCUCUCCGCCGUGAACUUCCUAAAAUCCAAAGGAAUCUCCGACGAAGACUUCCCUCGCCUCGUCUACCUCUGCCCGCAGCUCUUCUCCCCGGCUUUCUCCAUCUCCGAAACAAACCCCGUCUUCGACUUUCUCGCCGGAGAACUCGGAGCCUCCGCCGCGGAAUCAAGAGGACUGAUCGUGAACUGCCCGGGCCUCCUCCUCUCCGACGUGGAGUAUUGCUUGAGGCCGACGCUGGUUUAUCUCAAGGAGUUAGGGGUGAAGAAUCUGAAGAGGGGGAGUAAGAUGAACGCGCACGUGCUGAACACGAGGGUGGAGAAGUUGAGAGCGAAAGUGAGGUUUUUAAAGAGUAUAGGGUUUGGACACGUGGAGGCUGCGAGGGUUUGUGUGAGGGUUCCGGCGAUAUUUGGGUAUAGUGUGGAGGAUAACUUGAGGCCCAAGUUUGAGUUUAUGGUUUAUGAUAUGGAGAGGGAGUUGGUGGAGUUGAAGGAGUUUCCGCAGUAUUUUGGGUUUAGCUUGGGGAAGAGGAUAAAGCCGAGGCAUUGGCAUUUGAAGAAGAUGGGUGUUAGGGUUUCCCUUAGUAGAAUGUUGAUGUGGGGUGAUCAAAAAUUCUAUUCCAAGUGGAAACCAUGACAACUACUCUUUAGGUUUUCCCUUGUUUUUAUUGUUUUCAAAUGUUGAUAUUCAAAUUUGUACUGUGGUUCAGUUUCCUAGUGUCACUCGAAUUUAUAUACAUUCCAGGUCAGAUUUGGUUAAGAGAA